UUGUAGUCCUGGCUGAAGUAGGGGCUGAAACCUCGAAGAACCAGUUCGUCUUCCGCCAGGCGCUCCACCCCAUCUCCUCGCUUAUCUCGUCGUCGUGGUUGGUGCUGUACGUGGAGAUGCAGUGGCGCUUGUAGAACCUGGUGAUCUCCAGAAGCUCGAGGUGCAGGGGUUCGGAACUGCGCCGAGUUCGGAGGUCUCAACUCGGCUCCGAGGGCAGAACCGAAGAGUAGAGUCGCUGGUUUUGAAAGGAAGAAGCUUUUGGAGAUCAAUCCUUCGUCGAUUCACUCAAGAACUGUCCCUUUCGCUGCUUUGCUCGCCAUCCUCUUGUGGUCCAAUCCAGAUAAUGAACAGAGGAGGAGGAGCAGGAGCAGGACUAGGUAGUGGGAGCGGGCCCACAGCUGCUGCAGCAGUUGCAGCUGCCCAGAAGCAGAAGACACUCUUACAAAGAGUUGAAAAUGACAUUGGCAACAUUGUCGACAAUUUCAGUCAUCUUGUGAAUGUCGCCAGAGUGAAUGACCCUCCAGUCAGAAACUCACAAGAAGCUUUCAUGAUGGAGAUGCGUGCAGCAAGAAUGGUUCAAGCGGCUGAUUCACUGCUGAAAUUGGUAUCGGAGCUGAAACAGACUGCCAUAUUUUCAGGAUUCGCAUCUCUAAACGACCAUGUUGAACAGAGAAUCGUCGAGUUCAACCAACAAGCCGAAAAAUCGGAUCGUACAUUGUCUAGAAUUGCGGAGGAGGCAGCCGCCAGUCUCAAAGAGCUCGAAUCUCAUUACUACUCUUCGUUGCAGAGGACGACUCAUCCCACCGAAUCUUAGUGGAACAUGGCUGUGAUCUUGUGUAUUAAUUGUGGGGAUUAUUGUGACUUGUUACUUAUCUUGAAGCUAACAAAAGCUAUGUACACUACAUGGAGCUUCUAGGGUAUUCUUUAACUUCAGCAGGGUGAUUGAGAGGCUUUCUCUUGCCGUUCCAGAGCCAUGUGAGGGGAUGAAUUUGAUUAUCUAAAUAAGGAGUAUUGAGGAGAUAUUUGACUUUGGAAUUCGUCCAAUAAACUUGUCGAUGACUACUCAGUGCAAAUCUCUCUCAGCAAAGAGAUUAGCAACUUGGACUUCAA